AUGGUCUGCGGGUGGACUGCCAGCCGAGGAUGCAGACCGCCCGCGAGGCCCAGUCGUGCCUGCGCAGGACAGACGGCCCUCUUCUUCAUGGGCGACCGGCGCUACCUCGCGCAGACUCCAGCGGUGCUGUGCUCGGGGGAGGACCCUGACAGCAACGACAGUUUCCUCGACUUCUUCUGGAGCCGGCCGCUGGAGCGGGAGGGGAGCAACUCGGUCAUCCUGAAGGCCGCGUUGCUGAAGGUGGCCCGAGGGAUGGAGCUUGUCUUCGACGACGAGGCGGCCAGGAGCAUCCUGACCCUGCGCUCGGAGUUCCUGGAGAGCGCCAGCAGCAGCGACCGCGGCGGCUACUGCUGCUACUCGGAGGCCUUCCACCAGCAGAUCCGGCUGGCGCCCGGGAGGGGCCUCGGAGUGCAUCCGGAGCCCCGCAGAGAGCCAGCGCCGCUUCGCCCCCUGGCAACGCCCACGCGGGUCCACCACUCAGCCGGAGCAGCUGGCGGCCGCGCCCGGCGUCGACGGAGCGGCCGCCUCACUGAGAAGCAGCUUGACGAUGUCGCCUUCAUCUGGAUCAACGUUCCCAUGUGGGCAGAAAUUAGCAAGAGCCUGGACGGGUCCGAGGCCCCCGCCGUCCCGGCAGAGCGGCACGCGGCGGCGCCCCCGGCGGCCGAGACGGUCGCGUCGGGGAGCAGCGAGGCGGACCACCUGGCGACGGCGUCCUCGGCAGCCGACGCUGCCCUGGCAACAAGGGUGCCCGCGGCUGGAUCCGAGGUGCCCGCGGCCAGCUCCGUCCGCUCGUGCUCGCCGGGCCGGCUCGAGCAGCCGGCCGCGCCGCCCCUCGCGCCCGAGGUGACCCCGCAGGAAC